GGGGCGGGUUGCGGGGCGGACCCGGCCGAGGCGUCGCGUCACCCGCGGCAGUGGGUGCGCGGCAGUGCUCCGCGGAAGGACCAGCGCCGCUCGCCUCGCUUCGCCUCGCCGCGCCAUGAGGGGGCCCAGUUCGCGGGGGAGCGUCGUGUUGGGCGUGGGGCUGCUCUGCCUAGCAGUGACGGCCGUGGGCCGCGCGCGCCACCCGCAGUUCCGCAGCGUGCCCACCACCGUCCAGACAUCUGAGAACGACACAGUCCACCUGCCCUGCUACGUCGAGAACCUCGUGGUGAUUUAUCGAAGUUCGAUCGUCGACGCAACUGCGUACUUUCCAGGCACCAACGUGGUGCGGUGGUGGUGGAACGAGCGGCUGGUGGCGGAUUCGUCCAACCGCAGCCUGGAGCUGCCUCCGCGCAUGAAGCUGUGGCCCAACAACACGCUGCAGGUGUCCGACUUGCGGCCCGAGGACACCGGCGACUACACCUGCCAGGUGCUGCGGCCCCAGCCCUGGGGCCCCAUCCAGCAGAAGCACGCCAUCGAAGUCAUCUGUGGGGUUAAAUCACUACGGUUAAAUCCUGUUGCAGAUCCACCCGCCGUGCUGCCCAUUCCAGAGUCAGGCGAGUUGGAAGUGGCGCUGGGCGAUGAGCUGCAGAUGGCGUGCGAAGUUUCAGGAGUGCCUCGGCCCAUAGUAACGUGGUUUUAUAAGGGCGAUGAGAUGCUGCUGCUGGACCACCGGCCGCGCCUGCGCUUCACCGUGGAGAACCGCUCGCAAGCCGGCACCUACACCUGCUACGCCAGCAACGGCGUCGGCGAAUCCGCCACCGCCGACAUCGAGGUCACCGUGCUCUUUCCUCCAGAAGUCAAGACUGAUCGUAGAUGGGUGCAUGCUUCUCCAGACAACCGAGUAGAGCUGGCCUGCAACGUCAUCGCACACCCUGAGGCCAAGGUGACGUGGCUGAAGGACGGGCACAACUUCACGUUGGACACCCGCGUGUUCAGCUUCUCACACGACCAGCGGCACAGCCUCGUGUUCCGCAAACUCGUCAAGUCAGAUUUCGGCCAUUACACUUGCAGGGCUACCAACAGGCUCGGCUCGGGUCAGGAAAUCAUCCACCUCUCAGGAGUAGCAUACCCAGCUGUUUUUAAAACUGAAUCACAAGUGGUUCCCGAGGACAACUUCACUCUCAUAUGGGAAGUGGAAAGUCUGUCUCCCAUCAUAGAGUACAGGUUACUCUUCCGAAAAUACAAUAGCAGCCAGCAGGGCCCUUGGGCCGAGCUGGUGAUCCCGGCGGACGUGGGGCUGUUCGCGCCGGGCCAGCUGCACUCCAAAGCGUACACGCUGUCGGGGCUUGCGGCCGCCACCGUCUAUGAGGCCACGCUCCUGUCGCGCAACACCUACGGCUGGAGCAAGCCCUCCAGCGUGCUACUCUUCGCCACCGAGGGAGCAGAUUUGGAACAAAAACCAUUAGUGGAAGAGAACAUUCUUCAACAUGAAACCAACCUUUUUCCAGGUGAUAUCUCAAGUUCUCAUUGCAUGCCUUGCCCUGAAGUUGCAGCCAUUCUCAAUGAAAUUAAUGAUGCGUCAUUGCCAUUACUGAAUCUCUCUCUUCUGAUAGCAGUUCUCACCAUUCUACUAGUAUGAAAAGAAGAAAAUUUCAUUAAUCUAGUAACCUUCACACAUCAGUACAAAAAAUCAUCUUCUAAUAAAUAAGAACAAACAAUUCAUGAAAUUAAACUUUUGUGUCAAAACACUAAAAAAAAAUCAUUAUGAUUGACAUCUGAAACUUCAUAUCACAAUUUAAAUCAUGGAUUUUAUGAUGAGUUUUAUCAGUUAUUGAAAAAUAAUUUUGCUGCUGAAUAUAAAAAAACUGCUGUGAAAAACCUUUGUAUAUUUUGUAAAUAAACAAAAUAAAUAAACCUAUUCUACUUCAUUUAAAGAAAUAUGAUAAAUGAAAAAGUGCACUUUAAAAGACACAUUGUAGCUAUCACUAACAAAAUAUCUCAAUUUUAGUGAGGAUAUGCAUUUAUUCAUAAAAUAUUAUACUAAAGGAAAGUGGCUCAAGGUUUUCUCUCAUCACAGUUCACUCUGGUAUUAAUUGUCCUAUGUCCUCUUUGUUAUUCUGCUAACCAGUCGUAACCCUCAAACCUGCAAAUAAGUCCAUCUGUAUAUUGAGAGGGAACAUAAUGACAGUGCACAUGGAUUAGGAACUAUCAAGAAGGGCAAUGAGCUGCCUAAAUAAAUCCUUCCAACUUAAAUAUAUGACAAGUUUAGACAAAAGUUUGCCACCUCUUCCCUAUAAAUAACAGCCCAUUUUUGGAAAUUAUUUUUUACCUCAAUUUUCAAAUCAAUCUCAUAUUUAAAAACGGCUGGACUAUUGAAAAAAACAUCAUAACAGCUCAUAAAUUUAUUUUUACCAUGUAAAAACAAUUAGUUUGAAUAUAAAAGGAGCAAAAAAUAUGCCAGAAUAUCUUGUUUUUAAGUUCUUUUGUCACUAUUCCAAAUGCCUUCUUAGCUUAAACAAACGGCAGAGAAUCAAACUUGUCGUUUUUCUUUUUUCCCCCCUUUUCAUUUUAUUCUGUUUAAUUUCAAAAGGAUUUUUGCAUUAAAUAAAAGUAUCUGAAUCACAAUCAAUGGCAAGAAGUUGAGUUUUUAAAAAAGAACUCACAUUUUCCCUAUAAAAGAAAAUUAUUAAGAAGUAUAGACUGCUAUAAGUAUUUCUUCUAUC